AUGCAGCUCCGGAGCGGACGCACAAAACGCAACCAAAGCCGUGGUCACUGGAAUGAUCUGCCCGUCGAGAUACGGCUUAUGAUUCUGGAGUGGUUAUCCACCGGCCACGACUCGAUCCCACACCCACUCGCCUCUUAUGCGACGACAAGUGAAGAGUGGCGUGUCUUCUUUGAGCAGAAGACGUUUCGGCGGCUUCGGGUGCUGCCCACCUGCCUGGACGAAUUCGAUCGCAUAGUCACGGGCCGGCGACGGCCAUACGUUCGGCACAUCUGGUUCAGGAUCGAGCUGAAAUCACGCGGUCACGGGCAAUCAUCCAAGUUCCUCAGCGAGGUGAACAAGAUGACCCUCACAGCUGGGUUACUCCAUCUCUUCGAAAUCCUCGCGGAUUGGUUGGAAGGAGAAUCGAACCAGAAAGGCCUCGCCCUGGAACUGAGCGCGUUCUCAUCCAUCGAUCCGGAUCACUCCAUGAAGGAUGCCGUGCCGCGAGAUAUCGAAGACCUCGACGUCUGGACCGACAGCGACAGAUCAAGCGCCAUCUACGAAGGCCUACUGACCUGCCGGAGGUCCGAGUUAUCACUGAGCUCUGUGUUCGCCGCCAGACUUAUCACCCCUUGUUUAUGGCUUCACUUAGAGACAUUGCCGAAAAGCUACCUCGUCUUCGACAUCUGA